GAUCGCAACGGCUCAACUUCCCUCUCUCCACUCUGGCCGAGAUCUCAACUCAAGAAGUAUCGCAUACAACAAUUUCGAAAACAUUCCCUACCCCUAUCUCCUUGUAGCUGUGAUAUCAGCUGCUCAGGUUUCGUCUGGGGCGUCACUCGCUCUUUUUAUUUUUGUUUUUAUUUUUUUCUCCUUCUCUCCCACUCUCACUCGCGCACCGUCCCAUCCACCCCCCCUCUCAAUCCGUCCAAUUCUCGCCCAGCAUGACUAUUACCGGUGUCACGCGCAAUGAGCUCUGGCGGCAUCCGGACUCCACAGCGACUCCAAUGUGGGCAUUCCUUCUCCGGGUGAACUCCAAGUACGGCCUCAAACUGGCAGACUACCCCGGUCUGUACAAGUGGUCCAUCGAGAACGUGGCAGAGUUUUGGGAGGAGGUCUGGCACUUUGUCGGCAUCACAGCCUCCAAGCCCUUCGACAAGGUCCUGCCGCUCAAUGCGCCCAUGUACCCGCGUCCCGACUUCUUCGAGGGCUCCCGUCUCAAUUUCGCCGAGAAUCUGCUCUUUCCCGCGAACGCCGCCGUCGACCCCACAGCCGUCGCGACUAUCACCACUACCGAACUCGGCCUUCCGGUCUCCACAACAUGGGCCGAGCUCCGCGAUGCCGUCCGCCGCUGCUCCGCCGGUCUCCGAGCCCGCGGUGUCCGGUCUGACGAUAUCGUUGCGGGCUUCGUUUCUAAUCAUGUACAGGCUGUCGUUGCCUGCCUCGCUGCUGCUUCUAUUGGGGCCAUUUGGACCGGCAUCAGUCCCGACAACGGCAUCAGCGCCGUGCUUGACCGUCUGGCCCAGAUCGGACCCAAGGUUCUCUUUGCCGACAACGGCACCGUGUACAACGGCAAGGAGUGGAGCAGCACCGACAAGACGGAGGAGAUCGCCAGGGUUCUGAUGCAAAACGGUCUCGAGCUUGUUGUUGUCAUCAACAACGUUGGUUGUGAUCUUGGUAUGGAUGGUCUGACGGCCACAGGAGUUGUCGCAGAGGAAUACGACUCCUUUUUGCAAAGCGCCCCUGACGAGCCCCUGAAGUUCGAGCAGCUCCCCCCCUCACAUCCCCUCUACAUCCUCUACUCCAGUGGCACGACGGGCCUGCCCAAGGCCAUUGUGCACACGGCCCUAGGUACCCUCAUCCAGCACAAGAAGGAACACGCCUUGCACGGCUCCCUUGACUCGUCGCACACCUUGUUUUACUAUACAACCACAUCGUGGAUGAUGUGGCAUUGGCAGCUCUCUGCUCUUGCCGUCGGCGCCACUCUUGUCCUUUACUCUGGCUCUCCCUUCAAGCCCCAUGGCCAUCUGUCGCUCCCACGGCUCCUUUCCGACCUCCGUGUGACCCACUUCGGCACAUCCGCCGCCUACCUCAUUACCCUCGAAGCAAACGCCGUGUACCCCGUCAAUGAGCCCGGCAUCGACCUCUCACCCCUCGAGGCGAUCUACUCCACCGCCAGUCCCCUCCCGCCUUCCACCUUCUCCUUUGUCUACAAGGCAUUCCCGUCCAAGGUCAACCUCGCCUCCAUCACGGGCGGAACCGAUAUCAUCUCCCUCUUUGGCGCCCCGUGCCCUCUCCUUCCCGUCCGUAUUGGCGAAAUUCAAUGUGCCGGUCUUGGAAUGGCCAUCCACGCCGUCGACUCCCUUUCGGGUGAAUCCCUCCCCGACCCAUCCCAUCCGGGCGAUCUCGUCUGCACGGCUCCCUUUCCCUGUCAGCCUCUGACCUUCUUCGGCACCGGAGGCGACGAAAAGUACAAGGCAGCCUACUUCGAACGCUUCUCCAACGUAUGCGGCGCCAAAGGCGCAGUGUGGCACCACGGAGACUUUGUGAAGAUCCCGAACCCGGCGACGGGGUCGCUCGUCAUGCUCGGCCGAUCUGACGGUGUCUUGAAGCCCGCCGGUGUGCGUUUUGGCAGCGCCGAGAUAUACAAUAUUCUCGCGCAUUUCUUCGCUUCCGAGGUGGAGGAUGCCGUCUGCGUAGGUCGAAGACGUGCCACGGACGUCGACGAGACAGUAUGUCUCUUCGUCGUGUCCGCCGCGGGACGCCAAUUCGAUGAUGAGCUGCGGGCAAAGAUCAGGAGUGUUAUCAGGAGGGAGCUGAGCCCAAGGCACGUUCCUGGUGUUAUUGAGGAGGCCGGUGGCGGCAUCCCGAAGACGAGCAACGGGAAGAAGAUCGAAGUGGCGGUCAAGCAGAUCCUCUCCGGCAUGGACAUCAAGACAAACGCGAGCGUUGCCAACCCCGAGGCUUUGGAGUGGUUUCGCACGUGGGCUGCGUCGCACUAGAUCUCUUCUUCCUUUUCUUUUUGUGAGAUGUUUGUGUGCGAGGGACGUUUUCCCUCGCCGCUUGGCCCUGGUUUUGCUACGCCUCGGCAGGUCAGGCUAAGUCAUGCAUGCAGUACUAGGUCAUUAGUAUUUAGACAGGAAUAAGGGUCACGUGGUGCCUGCCUCACAUAACCUAGGGGCUAAUCAAACCGGUCAUAAUGAUAUUUUGGUGUAAAUUCCUAAUAAAUGUGGACCGCAUGGAGGAAUCCUAGCUGGUCGGUUGGUCCGUUGUUGCUGUCCAAAGACUAAUGAUCCAGUGCUGUAGUAAACC